UCUUUGCUGGGAGUAUUUGAAGAAGAUGCUGCUGCAAUUUCCAAUUACAUAAAUCAGUUAUUUCAAGCCAUGCACAGAAUAUAUGAUGCACAGAACGAAUUAAGUGCAGCAACUCAUCUGACUUCAAAGCUUCUGAAGGAAUAUGAGAAGCAGCGUUUUCCACUAGGGGGAGAUGAUGAAGUUAUGACUUCCACUCUACAACAAUUUGCAAAAGUAAUAGAUGAGCUCAGCUCUUGCCAUGCAGUACUUUCAACUCAACUUGCAGAUGCAAUGAUGUUUCCCAUUACCCAGUUUAAAGAAAGGGAUCUAAAAGAGAUAUUGACUCUAAAGGAAGUUUUCCAAAUUGCAAGCAAUGACCAUGAUGCUGCCAUUACCAGAUACGGUCGGUUGUCAAAAAGAAGGGAAAAUGAAAAGAUCAAGGCUGAAGUUACAGAAGAUGUAUAUACUUCCAGGAAAAAACAGCAUCAGACUAUGAUGCAUUAUUUUUGUGCACUAAAUAGUCUUCAGUACAAAAAGAAAAUUGCUGUGCUAGAACCUUUGCUAGGAUACAUGCAAGCUCAGAUAAGUUUUUUUAAAAUGGGUUCAGAAAAUCUUACUGAGCAAUUAGAAGAAUUUUUGACCAAUAUUGGCACAAGUGUACAGAAUGUUCGCAGGGAAAUGGAGUGUGAAGUAGAAAACAUGCAACAAACUAUAGAGGACUUGGAAGUAGCUAGUGAUCCACUGUAUUUGCCUGAUCCUGAUCCUACAAAAUUUCCUGUUCAUAGAAAUCUAACCCGGAAAGCUGGCUAUCUCAAUGCAAGAAAUAAGACAGGGCUGGUAUCUUCUAGUUGGGAGAGACAGUUCUACUUCACUCAAGGUGGAAAUUUGAUGAGCCAGGCAAGAGGAGACGUAGCUGGGGGACUUGUCAUGGAUAUAGACAAUUGUUCUGUAAUGGCUGUGGACUGUGAAGACAGACGGUACUGUUUUCAGAUAACAUCUUUUGAUGGUAAAAAGUCUUCAAUCUUACAGGCAGAGAGUAAAAAAGAUUAUGAAGAGUGGAUAUGCACCAUAAACAACAUAUCUAAACAGAUAUAUCUUAGUGAAAACCCUGAGGAAAUUGCUGCACGUGUAAAUCAGUCAGCUCUGGAAGCUGUUACUCCAUCUCCCUCCUUUCAGCAGAGGCAUGAGAGCAUGCGGCCUACUCUACAAUCUCGGCCUCCUGCAGUUCGGACGAGCAGCACAGGGUCACUUGGAUCUGAAUCAGCAGCUUUAUCGACACUCUCCCUGGAUUCACUUGUUGCCCCUGACACGCCGAUACAAUUUGACAUCAUAUCUCCAGUUAGUGAAGAUCUGCCUGGUCAAGCAAAAUCUUCAGGGCAAGCGGGGAGACGCACAAAUCCUUUUGGUGAAUCUGAAGGCUCAAAAUCUGAAACAGAAGAUUCAAUUCUUCACCAGUUAUUUAUUGUAAGAUUUCUUGGCUCUAUGGAGGUGAAGUCUGAUGAAAGCCCAGAUGUUGUUUAUGAAACAAUGCGUCAAAUACUAGCAGCUCGGGCCAUCCAUAAUAUUUUCAGGAUGACAGAAUCACAUUUAUUAGUCACUUGUGACUGUUUAAAGUUAAUUGAUCCACAGACACAAGUUACAAGACUGCGAUUUCCUUUGCCCAACGUAGUCUUGUAUGCUACACACCAGGAGAACAAGCGCCUCUUUGGAUUUGUGCUUAGAACUUCAGGAGGGAGAGCUGAGAGCCGCCAAACUUCUGUCUGCUAUAUAUUUGAAUCAAAUAAUGAAGGGGAAAAGAUUUGUGACUCUGUUGGACUGGCAAAACAGAUAGCUUUUCAUGCAGAACUGGAUCGGAAAGCAUCAGAAAAGCAAAAAGAAAUUGAGAGAGUCAAAGAGAAGCAACAAAAAGAACUGAAUAAACAAAAACAAAUUGAAAAGGACUUAGAGGAGCAAAGCCGCUUGAUAGCUGCUUCCAGCAGAUCAAACCAGAGCAGUGGAGAAGGACAGUUUGUAGUCCUGAGCAGUAGCCAGUCAGAAGACAGUGAUUUAGGAGAAGAUGGAAAGAAGAAGCGAGAAUCUGAAGCCUAA